AGAAAUCCAGUGUUGCUAUGCAACUCCCUAAACACUGUGCGACGUGAAAAAUGUAAGCGCAGCUAAAUUAUUAUAUGGUCCUUGUGAAUUUGAAAGACCUUGCAGAAUGCGCUUUGCUAAAAUGAUAUUAAACGAAAUCCAUAGUAAACUUUAGUGUUGCUUAGAGACACACUGGCAACUGAACGGUGGCUUCCCGAUUAAUCUCAAUUUGCUUGUUACCUGUGCGAAUCUGCCAUGAUCGGCACUUACAAGAAUGAACAGUUUGAGUUUUGUAUGUCAAAAGAAAAUAUUGGAGUAAACGUGUUUCUUAAUGCAAAUUUUCAUGUGAUACAGAAAAAAACUUCGGAUAGUGAAAUGCUGUAGGCUGUACUUCUACACUUCUAAUUAAAGCAUUGCAAAUGCACAUGUGCUAUUUAAGAUAUGCAGUCCCGGGCUUAUUUACUGCUGCAGAAAGAGCACACACAGUUAUCAAAUGCCAACCUUUAUGGAAUCACCAUAUCCCCAGUUACUGAUAAUCUAAUGGAGUGGAUAGCCAGAGUUCAAGGGUUAAAGGACUCUCUCUGGGAAGGAGGUGUUUUUCAGCUGUCAUUUAGAUAUACAGAAGAGUACAACAGUGUUCCUCCUAUUAUCAAUUUCAACACAAUUCCUUUUCAUCCAAAUGUCAACAAGACCUCUGGCAGACCUUGCAUUGAAUUCCUUGAUAAUCCUGAAAAAUGGAAUGCAACCAUUUCCAUGAGAGUGAUCCUACUUACUUUGCAGGUCAUGCUGUCAAAUCCUGUAAUAGAAAAUGCAGUGAAUUUGGAAGCACUAGAAAUGAUGAUGAAAAAUCCAUCACAAUAUCGACAGAUGGUUCUUAAGUGUGUCAAAGCUAGCCAGCAACUUGAAUGCGCUUCCGAUACAAUUAAAGAAUUUUCAUCAUUUUCUUCACCUCUCUCAUCCCCAAUAUUGCAUAGCCUUGACGUGAAUGUUAAGAGCAUAUCGUUUGAAGAUUAUUGCAAAACUUGGUCUGGAAUUGCUACAUCAAAAACACUGAAGGAGUUCAAUAAUCCAUUACUGCAGGAAUUAUUAGGAUAUCCCAGCUUACAGACAGCACAUUGUGGUUUGGAAGAAAAGUGGCUCAAAGAUGAAAUAGCGGAACAGAAUAAAGAGUUUAGCUGCAUGAUGUAUGGAGCAUUUGGACAACCUAAAAAGGCACAGAUGAAAAUAGAUGAAAAGCUGAUAAGACUUAAUCAAAUGAAAAGCAUCUAUCUACAAAGGAGAACACCGGAACUAGUUACACCACUGCCAACACAUCGCCCUGAAAUGCAUCUGAAAAGCACAAGACCUGAAGGUGAACCUUGGGAGACUGAAGUCGACAAUCUUGUAGCCUGGACUCAUUCUCUUAAUGCUGAUGAACUGGAAGAAGACUAGUUUGCUCAGGAAUCUUUUCUUAUUUAUACCUUGUAAUUGUUUCAUCAAAGUAUUUGUUGUAACUGCAUGUUGCUACUAAAAAUUAUUUUAAAGAUCUCAGACAAUGGAUAUAGACUUCAAUGACAUAGAGUACUACAUACCAAAGUUGACCUUAAGAACAGUAUGGAAAGUUAGAAAAGAAGACAUGCCUAUGUUUUGAUAAAAUUGGAGAGGGAGAAAGAAAAAAAGUAGUUGAUUAGCUACACUUCAUAGGUUCAUAGGCUAGUACUAGGCUAACUGCCCU